CACGCCCAGCGCCAUCUUAGUUGGAGUUAGGAGGAAUUCAGGCGUUUGAAUAAAUCUUUGCAAGUAUUGAAUAAAGAAUACAACGAGUUAAAGUUUGAAAUCAAGAUGACAAGACACAUAAGUAUAUUUAAGUCUACAGAUGAACCAAAAGUUGUGUUCGGUGCUCAGCAGUACUCUUGUCCGUUUUGCUGCAAAAGAACAGAUUAUGCAGGGAUCAUCAGCCACUUACAAAGCCACAAAAGAACAGCGGUGAUUCAUGGAGGUUUCAAAAUAUACAAGUGUUCACUGAACUGUCAAGGAUCAAGCCACUACCAUUGCUGUUACUGCCAGAAGACAGUGGUUCGUAAAGAUCAGUUCCUCUGGCACUUGUCACAGUGUGGCAAAGCGCCGGCAGUGUUCGCCGUGCCAGCAUCAAUCGGCGUUCAGCCUCUUGUAGCCUCUACCCCCAUGCAAACAUCAAUUACUGUUCAGCCUCUGCCCCUUGUGUUGGUGCCAGCCAGCACCCAGCUUCUACCAGCCUCUGCCCCUGUGCCUGUGUCGGCUGCUUCCCAGCCUGUGUCGGCUGCUUCCCAGCCUGUGUCGGCUGCUCCCCAGCCGGUGUCCCCUGUGCCUGCAUCGGCCACUGAACAUCCUCUGCCCUCUGUGCCUGCAUCGGCCACUACCAAGCCUCUGCCCUCUGUGUCUGCAUCGGCCAUUGCCAAGCCUCUGCCCUCUGUGCCUGCAUUGGCGACUGCCAAGCCUCUGCCCUCUGUGCCCAUGUCAGCCACUGCCCAGCCUCUGCCCUCUGUGCUUGUUUCUAGCUCACUGCCACUUGUAUCGCUCUCAGCAUGUACACAGUCAUCAUCAGCUGCAGAGGGUAGUGAAGGCCACACAAGGCCACACAAAGUAUUACCAGUACCCAGCUGCCUUCUGUUAAGGACAUCUGUAACACAUUGGCAAGAUUAUUACAUACUCAACCACCCUCCACAGUUGCUUUUCUCACUUCUUCCUUCUGGCAAACAGUAAAGAACUAAUGAUCCUUGUGGGGGACGGCCAACAUCCUUGCCCGGCCAGGACAACUGCUUAAUGGAAGGACCUGCAGAGACAAUAUACACAAAGCAUUAUCUCCCCUGGAGCGCUAGAUGGCUAUCCCCCUGAGUUUCAGUGAUGCUUCAUGAGAGUUGGAGUUUGGCACAACCCUGAUGGGUUCCGUGGGUGACUCCAGGAGGUGAUGCAGAGACCUACUUUGUUGGGCCUCCGCUUCACCCAGAAGUGCUUCCAGACCACGCUAACAGAAAGCCAGAAGUACUGCCGGGUGCAGGAUAAAAGAAGUCUGCUGACACUGCUCUAAGACACAGAAUCGUGAGGAAGAGGAUGACACCUGCCAGGAGGAGUGGAGGCAGAAGAUAGAGAGAAAGAAAAGAGAAGACAAAGGCAGAGAGAGAGAUUGUGCUGUGUGCUGAUUGUACUGUGUUCUUCUGUGGGAAGUGAAUGAGAAGAGAUUCGAACAGCCAAAUAAAAACCUUGUGUGCUGCAGAGACUUGUGCCCGAGUCCGUCUGUGUCGGUUUUGAGAGCUGGCGUGCCCCUUGCAGGCCACACCGUUGUUCCAGUAGAUUUGGAGAAAGCGUUUCAGUUAUGACGUUACUAAACAACAAAUCAUAAUAAACGCUGUAAGAAAAAAAAUUAUAUAUAAUUAUUUGCACAUAUAUAAUGACCUAUUGUGCAUAUUGCAUUCUAUAUAUUUUGUCUGUGUUUUAUUGCAGUAUUAUCUGUGUUCUGAACAGAUAAGCAAGUGUCAAUAUCAUUGUACUGUAUGCACAUGACAAUAAACUUGAACUUAAAGUGUGCAGUGCAACAGCACUAA